UGUAUAAUACAUUACACAAAAGUCCUAAUAUAUAGCCGCGUGCAGCUAUCUCUGAGCGCAAUGAUUCGAAAAAUAUACACCACGCAAUAAAGUAUAGAGUUAAAUUGAUCUUUAGCGUGUAAGUGGUUUAUGUUUCGUUCAGAUAAGGGUUUAAAAAUGAAUAGGUAAUUUUACACAUCAUAAAUAUAAUACAGAUCGAUGGGUUGGAAAACAAUCAUCAUAUUUAAUAUUAUGAAAGCAACCGGAAAAUUUACACCUAUCAUUCUAGUAUAAAAAGACCUCGUUGAGGUCCCCAAGAGUGUAUUGUGACUUUAAAACAUUGUCGUCACUACACAAAAUGAAUAAGACGAUUCUAUCAAUCGUGGUUGGCGUUAUUUUCUUCUUGGCUCUUCUUGGCUCACACUCGAAUGCAAACGUGUGCACGAUUUCGGAAAAUACUUUUGAUGUUUAUCGAAAAAUAUCAAAUAAUGAAUUGGUGAUGAUUUCAAAUGAGACAGAUCAAUGCAAAUUUAACCCUAUAGACAACUAUUACAUUAGAGACACGUACAGAACUAGAAAUUUGAACAUACGAUCCGAGAGACGUAAGAUUAGCGUAGACGGAAAAGAACAAGAGCGCAGGGUUUGGGUUAGAAUUGACGAUAUUAGAAAGGGCAGAUUGACAAGAUCGGAAUCAUUACCUAACAUCCGUCGCGAACGAAUUCGGAAUGCAAGAGAGAGAGACAUUGAUAUAAGAGGCAUUCUUCACCAAAGAGCUUUAGAACGGAACGGCAGAAAGAUUUUAGAACAUCGUUCUGAUGAAAGAAUUUUUAGACGUGAAGUAAGAGAUAGGAAUUACGAUGUGCAAAUAAAUCGAGAUAAAACAGACAAAAGAAGCAGAACAGCGCAUACUAGACAGAUUGGUAUGAUUGCUAUUAAAGAUAAAGACGACGCGUCUUCAUGGCCAUUCUCAAAUUUUGUUCAGUCAGCAAUUGGUGUACUUGGACUUUACUAUUUUGGGAUGCACAGUAAAAACGUUAAGUAAUUAGAAUCGUUACUUAAAAGAAUAUGUUAGUGAACUCAUAGUAUAAAUAUUAUAAAAAAAUUAUCAAAAAUAUUAAUGAAAUAAUGAAUAUAUGAUUACAUUUUUC